AUGCCGUUUCAUUCCUUUGCGCUAAUUCACGUUGGCAGCGCGAGGUUUAACCCCUCAUCACGAACCUCCCCCACCCCUCCUUUUCCAGGCGUGGCUUAUUUCUACCCGGUGGCCGUUUGGUCACUAUAUAUGCCUUCCCUGCAAUUCUUCCUGAAACGCAUUUCUCAUGUGGAACCGGAAACACCUGACUACUCCCUCCGCAAUCCACUCUUAACGACAAUGGACGCUGCCCCAGAUGGAGUGGCUCACCAGUCUCCCCCAAAAGGCUCGCCCAGGCAAUCUGUGCACGAAGCUCCGGGUCGGUAUAGUGUGGAUGGUAUCGAGGAGGCCAUUGAUGAUACUGACGGCAAUGGCAUAAUACGGGGACAUACCAAAAAUGACCGAAAGGACAUGAGUCGCAUGGGCAAGCGGCAGGAGUUGAUCGUCAGUCCCAUCACAAAAAUGUCAUUACCAGAUAUUUGGCGUCCUAAACUGACAUUGUGGGGAGGAGUAGAGAAGCUACCGUCCGCUUUCUGCCCUCAGUUUUGCGCUUAUCCUACAGGCUACGUGGGAGUUUAUGUUGAUGUAAGUCCCAUGGCCACCAUCUUGUUCGUUGUGACACAGGAAUGCGCAAUAUGGAUUGAGCUGACUGACGUGAAUUUGUCAAGUUCUAAUACCGAGGGCCUUAAAAAUGGCGGCCUUGCCGGAUUAUUCUGGUCCUAUCUCUGGACCUUCAUUGGGUUUGGUUUCGUGAUAUUCUCUCUUGCAGAAAUGGCUUCCAUGGCCCCAAUUUCUGGAGGACAAUAUCAUUGGGUCUCGGAGUUUGCGUCAGAAAAUCAUCAGAAGUUCUUGAGCUACGUCACUGGAUGGUUGUCUGUUUUGGCAUGGCAAGCCGGUGCGGCAUCUGGCUCCUUUCUGACAGGUAACAUUAUCCAAGGACUGCUCACCGUCAACAGACCAAACUAUGAAUCUACCGCUUGGAGGGGCACCCUUCUUGUAUUUGCCAUGGUGGCCCUGAUCUAUGUUUUCAAUAUAUGGAUGGCCCAGGGCCUGCCCAUGAUACAGAAUCUUCUACUUGUCAUCCACGUCUUCGGCUUUCUGGCAGUCGUGGUCGUUCUGUGGGUUAUGGCUCCCCACCAAACCGCUAAAGCCGUGUUCACAGAAUUUAAAAACGGCGGAGGCUGGCCAAGUAUUGGAGUAAGCGUUCUGAUCGGGCAGCUUUCAGCUAUAUACGGAAGUUUGAGCGUUGAUGCAACCGCCCAUAUGGCGGAAGAAGUCAAAGAUGCGGGGAGAAACGUACCAAACGCGAUUGCCUGGGGGUACAUCACGAACGGAAUACUCGCCGUCAUAUUCAUCGUCACCUAUAUCUUCUCCAUCCCAUCCGUUGACGACGCGCUGAAGGACCCUUCAACGUUCCCAUUCAUCUAUGUAUUUCGCAACGCAGUGUCAACGAGUGGGCUAAACGCACUCACGAGCGUUAUUCUCAUCCUAGUAAUCGCAAGCAAUAUCUCCUUCAAUGCCUCCGCCGCCCGCCAAACGUUCUCCUUCGCACGAGACAAAGGCCUCCCCUUUUCCAGAUGGCUUUCCGCUGUCCAUCCAACGAAACACAUACCGGCAAACGCCAUAUUGGUUUCCUGCCUAAUGAGCGCUCUUCUCUCGCUCAUUAACCUUGGAUCUAGCGCCGCAUUUCACGCCAUCAUCUCUCUCAACGUCGCUGCUCUCAUGGCUACGUACGUUGUCUCAAUCAGUUGUGUACUCUAUCGCCGCCUUACAUGCCCGGAGUUGCUGCCCCAUGCACGCUGGAGUUUAGGCCCCGUCUUUGGCCCGAUUAUCAAUGCCGCUGGCCUAGCUUAUGUUGUGUUUGCGCUCUUCUGGUCGUUCUGGCCUGCUGACAGGCAUGUCACUGUGAACAAUUUCAACUGGAGCAUUGUUAUAUUUACCUGCGUGGUCGCACUUAGCCUUGUAAUGUAUUGUGUGCAGGGCAAGAAGACGUACACGGGGCCUGUCACUACGGUGAUUGGCAGGUAUUGA